GAAAGUUGAACACCCAGAUUAAUUUGACUCCAGACUCACUUUUGUAUGGGCUUGGAGUUGUAUUAGCUGGGGAGAGAAAAUUCUUUGCUCCCAAGAACUGCCUUCCCCUCCUUCCAUGGGUUGCUGGUCCCGUAGCUUCGAGACAUCCUAACUCGUAAUCGCCUCUCUGCACUUUCAUUCAUCAGUCGCCGCAAUGGCUGUAUGACCUGACGUGCCCAUCCCGGGGCACUUCUGAGAAUGGACGUGGAUGAUUUGGCCGGCCUAAUGGAGGGCAUGCACAUCGAGCCGGCUGCGAAGCCACCGUUCCGUUUUUUCGAUCUUCCAUUCGAGUUGCGACUCCGCGUCUAUGAACUCAUCCUUCUCCUUCCUCGCACCAUCGACCUUGAUCCCAUGAACUACCGUAACAUCCGUCCUCUCCUCAGACUCUUCCUAGUCAGCCAUCGCAUGCACGACGAAGCCUGCCGUGUCUUCUACGGCCGCAACACUUUCCGCAUCUUUCCCAUACACGGUCGCUUCAUCAAUCACAAGAAGCCUCUUUUCACCCGGCUCCCCACUCGAUACCGUGCGCUCAUGACAAAGGCAGAGCUGAGGUUGGGACCAGGGUGGACAAAGCCGCCGCGUGGAUGGGUGGUAGAUGGUCGUCUGGGGCUCUCGGAUGCGAGGAAGCUACGGGUGCUAAAGAUCUUCGUGGAGUUGGAUCCCGCCGCCCACGAGAUAUUCGAGGGAUUCCGCACCAGCGAGACCUUCUAUACCGAGUUUUGUCAGGCGAUGGUGGGGGCGUUGUUUAGCCAGGUGCCUUCGUUUGCGGAAGUGGAGUUCGACGCGUACCCGGGUAUCAAGAAGUCGUCUCCGCUUUUGCAGGCUUUGGUAAAUAUGAGUAAGGCUCAGAACAAGCGGAUCACUUGGGGACCGGAGCGUGAGUGGGAUAAAGUUGUUGAGGUCAACUUGACCGAUGUUUUGGAAGGUUUAGCUUUGGGGUAGAGCUGUUGUAUAAGUAGCUUCUUAUUUCUAUAUUUCUAUUCGUCUGAACUGUUCCGUCCAUUCCGCAUUUUCCAUUCUAUUGCUAAGGCAUACAUUAACGUCUGAAUUGAUAAUGCCCAGUCAUGACAGACCAUAGGGGAUCACAAUCAUGUUCAUGAUCAUGGACUGAUGCAUGAAAAACGCUUGGUGUUGGAAUUAGAGUUUGUGCGUUGUCCUGUACAGAAAACUGUGAUGGCAAUGAAGGGUUCAAUUUGUAGUAGGUUUUCUCCAGCAGCGCCACUACUAGAUAUUAAUGUGGUCCAG